AUGUCCAGGUUUCGCACCCAUGGCCGAGGUAGAUCUAACGAAGAGUGGAGAUCGAACGAGCCACAGUGCAUCCCUGGAGGAUACAUCGUUCCUCGAAGGUUGGAGGCAGCCCUGAAAGAAAAAUGGCCCAACCAGUACGUUGUUGAAAUGCGCUCUAAUGAAUAUCGUGUCCGAGCACCGGGUAAACUUACCGACGAGGAAAUCAGCACAUGCUACUCGUAUGGCUACUGA